AAGAAGGAAGUAGAGGAAUCGGAGAAAUGGCCGAGAAAACACCCGUGGCAGAUUUCGGAGAUUUCCUACGACAAAGUCCUCCCCGGGGGGUCGGUCAAGCACCGCCGGUCUCUGAAGGACAUCGUGACCUCGCUUGGGCACGUCGGGCGCAAGGUCAGGUUCCUAAGAGCUGAUCUUCUGGGGCAGGAGUGGACGCUGCUUCGUCAGGUGGUGACGAAUUAUAAUAUGAUUAAUGUCCGCCAGAUCAGCGUUGGUCUACAUAUACCCUUGAGUGUGAAUCAGCUGACGAUGGAAGAACGGAAUCGAUAUUUUGGAAAUUUGUAUAAGGUGUUCGAGGGACUAACGUGUCUAGGUUACAAACACGUACGAGUCGAAGGGAUCGAGACGGACAGAAGCCGUUUGGUCGUCCCUGAAAUGGGCGAUGCGACCUUUCCUUCCUUUUUUGAGGUUCAUUGGGUCAAGACAGCUCCUCAGGCUAAUGGAAGUAACGAUAGUCAUUAUGUUUAUUAUUAA